CCUAUAGGAAGACCUAGUAGAUCUAGGGUAUUUAUCGGCGGCGGCGGCCUAGACUAUGGCAGUUGCGGUUUUUCUCUGCAGUUUUACCUACUGAACAAGAAUUUUAAGUAAUAUUUAUUCGGAUGACUGUAAUUGACCCCUAAGGGGCCAGUAUUGAACACGGCGAAAUACAUUGGACGCCCCAAUCCCUAGUGGAUGUCGUAUCCGCGGUUACGUUCCUUGCAGUCCGUGCGGACUGCUUCUACCUAUAGAAAUACCGAAGACCCAAAUGAGAAACUGGCUUUUAUGGGGAAGAACCAAAAACAGUGAAAUGGGCAGUACUUCAGCAGCAGUGGUUCAAGAUAAGUAUGAUUUGCUGGAUAAGAUGCAGUUACCUCCCCCACCACCUGCUUGGCUACCAGACGAAUUGCGUAGGCUUGAAGAGGCUCCACAAAGUUCAUAUAAUAGUGUUUGGAAUGAAAUUAGAGAUUACUCUAAUGCUGCGCCAUCUUUUCCAGUAGAGAGUGCUAGCCGUCAGACAUGCCCAUGGUAUGAAAUGCCUUGCAGCAUCUUCUGCAGAAGUAAAUCGGAAGAACCGGUUACAAACAACUUGAUGGCAAAAGUUAAAGACAUGCAAAAUACAGGAGCAGAUCCUUCAGUAAUGGUAAAAGUGGAGGCUUCAAAAUUUUGUGGAUUCUGCAAAAACAAUGGGGCCAGGGAGAAAUUAUACAUGAGCCACUGCCUCAGGGACUCAAGUGGUAGGUUGGCAUGUGACGUCUUGCGAAAUUAUGUUUGUCCGAUAUGUGGUGCAACUGGAGAUGAUGCCCACACAGUUAACUAUUGUCCACAGAAGAAUCAAAACAAAAACGCAGUCCCUUUGGCAAUAAAAUUGAGAAAGACUAAAAGAAAUGCUACUACUUUUAGGAGUACUUCUUCUAGGAUCUAGCUCCAGAAGAAGACUGGUCUCUCUUAAAGUAUGGAAGAUUAAAUGAGUGGAAAACAGAAGCGAUAAGAAAAAUCCAUAUCUGGCCUCUGGACUAAAAGGUCACUGAGUGUAACCAUUCUUAAAUGAGAGGUAAAAAUUAUUGCAGUUUAGAGUUAGAAUUUUGAUGGCAAUAGCAGACCAGGGGAGUAGAGGAAAUUUAAUUAGAUAGAAAGCUUGUAUCUAAGACUAACUUAAUACUGUGAAUGAUAUUAAUGCUGUCAAUAGUACACUGAGAAAGGAAUAUUGUAGGAAUUUUUCCCAUAUGGUGUUUUGUUUACAAAAGACGUUUUUCAAAUGUUUUGACAAAGAUUGUAAAUGUGGUCUAAUUGGAGCACUUUUAUAUGUUUUUGUGGUUGUGAUAAACGUUUAAGAGGAAUUUACUUAACCAGAAUCCAUUUAUUUAUUUAGAUAGUGAUGAUACAUCCAGGAAGCAAUUUGGUUUGAGCUUUGAAGUGUACAUGGAUAUAUUGUAGCUUUUUUUCCUCUCGUGUCUUCCCAUAAUGUGAAAAGUCAACACCAGCAUCAUGAGCUUUUCUACUUCAGAUUGUGGUUUUUUAUAAAGUAAGGUGUUUAAUAAGUUUUCUCCACUUUCUUCUGUAUAGAGUACUGCAUGUAUGAAUUCCCAUCUUAUCUAGGUCUUUGUCUGUGCCAUUUUCUCUAGUUUUUGGCUCUUUUUGCAAGUCCUUGCCUGUUACUUACUAUUCUGACCAAGGGCUUCUCAUCCUUUCCCACACAUGUCCAAACCAUCUGUCCUUGAGAUCCCAGUCUGUUUUGUUGUCCAUGAAUCUUUGUAUUCUCUACUCAAACCAUUUCAAAAUCUCUGCUGGUGCACUUGUCUCUACAGCAAAGAGUUGCAAGAGCUUAUACACAUGACAGACUUUUACUCCAGUUACUGUAAAGAAUCCUUUAUGUAUGUGUAGUAGUUUAGCUUUGUUUCCACAUCCUCCAGCUGUUACUUCUGUUUUUUUCUUUCUCACUGACCUCUGAAGGCCUGUCCUUCCCCAACAGCAGAAUAGUAUGUUCAGGACCAAUUUCACGACUACCUAUUGUUUUCCCUUCUUUCUAUUCAGCUUCAACUUAUUUUUGCCUUUUUGAUUACCAGAUUUUUCUCCAGCACUCUUCAGUUUUUCAAAUAUUUGUAUGGUCUCAACUGUUUCUGCUGUAACUGAGUAUGCAUGUAACAGGUUCCAGUAGCCUCCUCUUUCUGCAUUCCAUUUUAGCAUCGUCUGUUAUGCAAGUAACAUUUCUUAAGUGUCUCCCUUUGUGUUCUCUUUGUACCAUCCUUUAUCAUACAUGUAACUGUUCCUAGUGACUUUCUAUUCUUCACUCUUCGUAGCAUCCCUAAGUACUGUGAUAAAUUACAAAGUACUCAGAACUGAUCUCAGUUGGUUGAAAAAAUUGUUUACAUAUCCUUUGAUAAACCUGCCAUAAUGUGAAAAGUAUCAGUAAAAAUUAAAGGUGGAUGUUGAGUUUUGCAUGGUGUUUCCUUUGUAAUUAUAAUACUGCAUUGGUAUUGUAUUAUCACUUUAGUUCUUAGAACAAACCCUUUUUGCCAGUAUUAAGAAUGUUCAUGAUUUUUAUAUUGUUUAUUGUUAAUGAUGUAAUAAUUUUUUUCCUGUCUAGUGUCAGUCUAGUUUUGGAGACUUCUGACCAUGGAUGUGGUCUGCAGCCUCAUGUGGCAAGUAUACUUAGUAAUGUCAAAAUUAAUGUACUGGGAUGCUGUUUUCUUCUUAUUACUCUAUCACUGUGUUUUAAAUUUUGAUGAAUGUGGUAUUUGUGUAGAGCUGUACCCUGCUCACAUAGGUAUAAGAAAUAAAACAAUCAAGUUUGCUCUAUCAUGUCUAAAUCGAGAAUAGACACUCCAAUAUGACAACACUGAUCUUCAGUUUAAUUAAUAAAUGGAAAUAUUGUUGAAUGAAGAAACUGUUGAAGAUUGUUAUGUACUAAUUGGUACCGCUCUUGACUAAAUUUUAUUCUUAAUAGAAUGUAGUUCAGUAUAAAUAGUGAAAUUUUUUUUCUUUAUUGAAAUGCCAUAAUUUGAUUUAUCAGUAAGUGACAAAUGGUUGACAGAAUCCCCCCAAAGAAGUUUUGGCAGUCUCAUAUGGUUUCAGUUUAUCCAUUUAUAAAGACAAAACAUUUUUUUUAAACCAAACUCUUGGCCAACCCAGUUAGAGGAUCUUAAUCUGAUUAAACUCUUUUAAAACUCACUCACUCAGGAGUGAGCAGAUUUUUUUCCCAUCAUUUUAUUUGCAAGUUGAAUAUCCUGGAAUUUUUUUUUUUAAUUUUUGUCUUCAGU